GGCAGACAGGCAGCGCGCCGGACAGCCCGGGGCCGGCCGUCAUGGCGGUGGCGUGGGGGCUACGGGGGCCGGCGCGGCGCCUCUCCGCCGCGCUGCUGGCGCCGUGGCGGGGGCUGGCGGCCACGUCAGCAGAUGCUCACUCAUUGACAGCCGAGGAGAGGAACCAAGUUGUACUUGACCUUAAGGCAGCAGGAUGGUUGGAAUUACGUGAGAGAGAUGCUAUCUACAAAGAGUUCACCUUCAAAAAUUUUAAUCAGGCAUUUGGCUUUAUGUCCCGAAUUGCCCUUCAAGCCGAGAAGAUGAAUCAUCACCCAGAGUGGUUCAAUGUGUACAACAAGGUGCAGAUAACGCUCACCUCACAUGAUUCUGGUGGACUGACCAAACGAGAUGUGAAACUGGCCAAUUUUAUUGAAAAAGUAGCUGCCUCUGUGUGAUUUAUUCCAAAAUGCAUGUAAAAUCAUAUACAUAUUGUAGCUGGGGUGUAUUUUGGAGUCAUUUAAGCCUUUAAAUUUAAUUCACCUUUAUACCACAUUUUGUAAGACCCAUGCUUCAAAUACAAGAUAAUUUAAACUUGAGUCUGAAGUAAUUUUCAUUAUAUCCAGUCACAU